GCGCACCUUCCGCAGGCCGCGCAGAUGGCGGCGCCGGUUGGCGGGUCCGGGCCGGGGCCACCCCCGGGGCUGGAGGCGGCCCUGCAGAAGCUCGCGCUGCGGCGGAAGAAGGUGCUGAGCGCCGAAGAGAUGGAGCUGUAUGAGCUGGCGCAGGCGGCGGGCGGCGCCAUGGAUCCCGACGUGUUCAAGAUCCUGGUGGAUCUGCUGAAGCUGAACGUCGCGCCCCUCGCAGUCUUCCAGAUGCUCAAGUCCAUGUGUGCUGGGCAGAGGCUGGGGAGCGAGUCCCAGGACCCUGCUGCUGUAUCCCUGCCCACAUCGAACGUGCUGGAGACCCGAGGGAGAAACAAAGGCAGCACUGCUCUUGGUGGAGGCCCCGCCCUGGCAGAACGAAGCUGCCGGGAAGGAUCCAGCCAGAGGAUGCCCCGACAGCCCAGUGCUACCAGGCUGCCCAAGGGGGGUGGGCCAGGGAAGAGCCCCACCCGGAGCAGUACCUGAGCCAAGCAGAGACUUGUCACACCUACCUGCUGUGGGCUCCACCAGCUUCCUAGCAGAGGUUAUGUAUUUCCUCCAGUUGGUAAUAAACCUUUUUGAAAAACUGA